AUGGAUCUUAAACUUGUUACAUCUCCUAUAAACCAGAAUACUGCAACUACGCCUGCGACGAGCUCGUUUGUGCGGACUAGUGCAGCAGCCGAAGUCGUCUUCUCGCCCAAAGCAUCUAGCGCGCCAGUCAAGUCUGCUGCUACUUCAUUUUUUGGAAUACCGAGAAUGGACCCCAGUGCCGCUGCUGGCGUCGACGAGGACCUUGCGCAUAUCGAUCCUGACGAAUUGUUCGUCCGGUACUCGGUCGCGCAAGUCAAAUCCUUAGCUGCCAAGCUCAGCGCAGACGCUGAUGCAAAACAAGAAGAGCUCAGGCUGAUGGUCGGAGAGAGAUACCGUGACUUGUUAGAGGCGUCGACUUCUAUCAUUGACAUGGCUUCCGCUUCUCGAGCUGUCCUAGAUGGCAUCAACGACAUGCGAACUAGUUGUUCAGAAAAGGACAUUCAUCGGACUCGCGUGGCAGCUCCCUCGAGCUCAGAUUCAGACUCGCAAUUGAAGACUCUCCAAUCGCUUGCAGCUCAUAUGAAGCUACUACUAGAUUGCCCAGAGCAAUUCUGGAAGCUAAUCGAACGAAGACAGUACCUUGACGCUGCUUGGCUAUUCCUCGUUGCGAGUGUCGUGCAUCAGUCUCUUGUCGAGGAAGACGAGGACGAUGGUUGGGCUGCUCAAGGCAUUGCCGUAUCUGAACAGUUCCCGCUAGUUCAGAGGCAAUGGGAUGCCAUCCACAGCUUUAAGGCUCAGAUCACCCAUAAAGCGACCCAGUCUUUGAGGGAGGACCUGACAAACCAGGAAACUAUGGAUGCGAUACUCUGCCUCGUACUACUAGACUCAAGAUCGUUGAAUAGCACCUUGGACGAGUUGCUUUCCCAAAGAAGCAAAGCCAUCAAUACAUUCCUAUCAAAUGGGAUGAACAAGUUCAAGCAAGACAUUAUCGACCAAGACACGACGGAGAUCCCGCCGAGAAAGGGCAGGCGACGAAAAGUGCGCGAAGUGCGAGCUAUGCUCAGUCGAGCCGUCAAUAUCGUCUCAGAGACAGUGCACAAGGCUCGAUAUAUCUACUCCCAUGGUAAUUCUGGGGCCGCUUCGUCUAUAGAGGCCUUCUUGAACGAUAUGCACGCCGAGGCAGGCCUCUCACCCUUCUCAACCUCAAAAAUCCUCGGAGCUCUCCCAUCCGCCUCCUUAUUGGAUCUCUAUCUGCCGACAUUCAUCAAAUCAUAUACCCCUUCCAUUGACGCCAGUGGACCGUCCUUCAAAUUAUCAGACGCAAGUUUGAAUUUGAAGCUGGAUCAAUGGUUCAAUAAGGCAUUGGAUCUACUCGUGGGGAAAUUGCACGAAUGGGUCGGGCUACUGCAUCAUGUCGCAGAUGUUGCGGAAGUGCGGAGAGUCGUUAUCUCUUCUGCGAUUGUCCAGCACCUGACAGAAACAGAACGGAACUCUCUCGCACGGCAUGUCGGAGAAGUAUGUGAGGGGCGCAUGAUCAGCAUAUGGAAGGAGGCCUUCACAUCGCUCAGAGAUGAUUUCGAGUCCGGCCUGUUAAACGCAUCCAAACUUGUGCGUGCCAGUGAUCCAUCGGCAAAGAAUGGCGAAUCUGAACCCGGCCUCGGCACUCUUCUCGUCAUCUUUACCUUUUCCCCCCUUCGCAAGAGAUUCGAGACCGCUGUUGAACAGCGCAAAAACGGUCGUACUCCAUUACUCCAGUCGGUAGUUUCUGUCAUGGAGAACGGCAUUUCGGCUCUAGAGAAUGAGCUUGCGAAGAUGUCUACCUCGGAUAACCUUCCGGUUGGCUCUCUGGGUUCGCAAUUUCGCGAGCUUGAGGAUCAACUUUACAAAGAUAUCGCAACCCUGCUGCAAAAGGGGCUCGAAUCCUCUGGAAAAUCAGAAGUGGACUGUUCGGUACUCAUUGGACGAAUAGCAGACUCCUUGCGGCACUCGAGCAUAUUCAAGAUGGAAACAUCAUCGGAUGCAACCAUCACUGAUCUCAAAACUCUUCUUUCUACUGUUCAUGAAAAGAGUCUAUCAGCAUGGCAGGGUCAUCUAAUAAGCCAAAUAACGGCACAAACGGGUUCAAUUUUCCAGGCUCGACCUGUCCAAAGUGUCGAACCUGAUCAAUUACCUGUCUAUACGAGACCGUCCGGCGCACUACUUGACUCGCUAUACAUGCUUCAGUCCGCAUCUCAAUUACUUGGGCUUGACCACAAUCGGAUAAGAGAUAUGGCGAUUUUGAACCCAAUCCUAGAAUCCUGGCUCGCAGUCGGUUUGCCAAAAGUAGAACCAGAAAGUUUGACAUUGGACACAGCAUUUUCCCGAUUGAUUUGGGAUCUACAUUUCCUCCAGCAUCUCUGCAAUCAUCUUCGAAUACAGAGCGGUAUCACCACUGCUCUAGACCAAGUCACGAAACGGCUAAAUGAGCUUUCCACUGCGAAGCACGCGCAGACGUUUCUUACAGGCACUCAAACCGCCGUAUCGCAAAGUAUUCCGCGUCUCCAGGUUCUCUUACCUCUUUUAUUAUCAGGAGAUGUCUCGGAUGGUGCCAAUACUUCAUCUCUCCUGAUCAGAGGGGUUCCAGUGGCAGAAGUCGCCACUACGUCGCCAAUUGAAGUCGCAAAGCCAUGCCCUCGGUUUGGUUUACUUCUUAUUGGGAGCACAGGAAAGCCUCUAGUGCGUUGA